CCCGUUAUCUCGACCCGAACGCCAAACCCACCAGAAGCGUAGGUUGUCCGAAAACUGAUUCACCUCAAUCUUCAACCUUCUCUCUCUCUCUGUGGUGCUUGUAGUUGCAAUAGAUCUCUGUUGUUCUCUCCGACGAGAGUUUAGUUUUGAUGGAGAAAAUUGGAGACUUCAUCGAAUUUCUUGGACCUGACAUAUCCAGCAAGAUACUCAUGUGUUUGGAUGACCCAUCUGAUCUUGUUCGUGCUACUGCAGUUUCAAGAUCCUGGCAAAGAUUCGUUGUUGAAAAUGGUUUGGCAAAGAAUCUUUGUGUUACACUAUUUCCCGACUUAUCGAGUUUUAUCAAGUCAAUCCAAGUUAAGAAUAUUAUAGAACCAGUUGAAGAGAUGCUGUGUAAUACUCUGGGUUGGGAAUAUCUGAAUCGAAAUCACAGAGUCUAUGCUUGUAUGGCUCAUGGUCUUGAACGAUCCUCAGAUAAAAGUUGUAUCUCACAAGCAAUUGUUGCUUCCAGCACUGAUAAUUACCCAGACGAAACCAUUGAGAAUACUUUGGAGCCGAGCGAUAGGGUUGACCGUAGAGCAUCGUAUUGGUCGAGUGAAGGUGAAGAUGAUCCUACUGUUCCUGAGGCAUUGGUUUAUAAGUUGGCUGCAAAUUUGUGUAUUAUCUCUGAAAUCUAUGUCCAACCAUUUCAAGCAUAUUUUCAGUAUGGCUUCCCUGUAUAUUCGGCAAAAUCAGUUCGGUUUAAGAUGGGACAUCCAAAGAGCUCCAUGGAAAUGGAUGUUCUGAUGAGAGGAGAAUAUAGGGUUGGGAACUAUACAAACGAUAACUUUGUGUGGACUUACACUUCGCCUGAAUUUCCAAUGAUGCAGGAGAAUAGUCUUCAAAAAUUCAGUCUACCCGAGCCUGUUCUCUGUAUUGGUGGAGUUUUGCAAAUCGAGCUUUUGGGUAGAGUUCAGAGACAGGAGAUGGAUGGUUUAUACUACAUAUGCAUUUCUCAUGUUAAAGCUGUUGGGAGGAUGCUCUCCCCCUCUUUUGAGGUUAAUGUAAUGGAUCUAUCUGGGCGAUGUACAUUGGAGUACUGUCCACCACUAGAUCAGAAUUCGUCCGAAUCCCAGUUUAAAGAUGCUGAUUCAAGUGAGCCAAGCAAUUUCAGCGCACUUUCUAUGCGACUAAUGCGAACAAGAAUAAGGGGUUGGGAGGAAAUGAUACGGAAUACUCUACUCGGGGCUGGAGCUGUGGUGGUUGAAGAAGAAGAAGAAGAGGAAGAAGAAGAGGAGCACCAAGAUGGAGAGGUGGAGGAUGGAGACUCAGGAAACUAGUUAUAGUUCUUCAGCAGGAAAUGGAGAACACAAAUCAGCAAAGGAUCAAUCUAUUUAUUUUUUCGUUAUUUUUCUUGUUUUUCUUCUUUUUUCUUUCGUGGUGAGUUGCUUCCAACAUGUGUAGAUAGACAAUGAAUGAAUUGAAUGAUUGCAUGGUUGUUUCACCGAGUGAAUUUUUGUGAGCCUGUUACUAAAGGCCCCUUUCCU